AUGCUUUUCAGCAAGUCCAUCUUCGCCGUUGCCGUCGUGGCUCUGGCCAACGUCGUGACUGCCGCGCAGACCCCAGCCUGUGUUCUCAAGAUCAUCGGCAACCAACCCAAUCCGGCCGAUUCGAAGGCUAUCUGCGGCGCCAACGCUAGCAAGAUCCAGGACAAUAUCAUCAAGAACUGUCCCGAUAGCGAUGCCUCCCUCAAGUUCUUCGUCAACAACUGCUCCCAGCUCGGCCACAAAGUUGUGACUGUUUCUACUACCUCUACCGGCACCGAGAGCUCUUCCGCCACCGCCACCGGUUUCGUUACUGCCACCCAGACUGGUUCCUCUACUGCCACUGGCACUGGAUCCAGCUCUGCCCCCGGUAGCACUGGAGCUGGUGCCAGCGCCUCCGGUAGCGCCGCGUCCCCUUCUUCCACUCUCAACGCCGCUUCGUCUGACCGCAAGUACUCCGCGACCACCUUGAUUGCCGUUUCUUUCGCCGGCGUUAUUGCUUUGCUGUAA